AUGUCAAUCUCAAGCUGGAGCUCUGCCGGCAGCACACCAAGCCUGUGUCGGUCCGGUACUGACAUGGGAGAUCAAGGCGCACCCACCGUGUCAUUGGCGGAGCAUGUCGCCCGUCUCGGCGUCAAUCUUGCGGAAUGGCUUGGUCGCGGUGGGCAAGCGAAGGUGUAUGCCGUAAAGGGAGGCAAGGACGUACUCAAAGUAUCGAAGAGCAAGGAGUAUUCUCCAGAGGCGAUGUCCCCUCGAUAUUUGUGCAAUGCCAGGCUCUAUAUCCAACUCUACCGGAUGGUAUAUAACUUGAAGGACGAUCGCAUUGAAGAGAUUUAUCAGAUAUUGGACGUACUCCAUGGGCUGUGCCACAUCCAUGCGCACAGAUUUGAACAUUGCGACAUAAAAGGGGAAAACAUCCUCGUCAACCACCGGGGCGAAGCUGUCAUAAGCGACUUGGACUCCCUUGCAACCGCUAUGGUAGAACGGAGUUGGGUCCCUCGCACCCCGUACUGGCGACCUCCAGAAUUAUGGAGCUCCCCUGACGGGGGACCAAAGCCGGGGGCCGUCGGCACAGGCGACAUCUGGAGCCUAGGAUGCACAAUCAUCGAGCUGUACACCGGUCGAAUGCCUUUUCAUCACGUUGAGUACAAGAAGCUUUUGCAAUACCUGCUGGAAAGCGGGUACAGGACCUGCCCCGAACUAGCACGCAAGCGAGGGCUGGACCCCGCUUUAUGGGCACUGGUCCUUGAUAUGCUCGACCUGGAUCCGUCGAAACGCCCGACAGCGCACCAGGCGCUCGCGAGACUCGACAACCUCAUCGAUACCGAGUCAAACGCUUGGCUGCCAGAGGCAGCCUAA